AUGAUAAUGAUGAAUGGAACCGACGUCGCUUCCCACCAGCCCGUUUCCAAAAAUGUAAAGUCCCCUCCGACCCAUGGCUUGACUCCUGCUACCGGGGUUAUGCUAAUUGAUCGUACGUCAUGUAAGGCGAGAAAGCGGCCUCGGAUCGCGUCCUCCCCUCCCCCGGCGAAGUAUAGCCCCAGUUCUUCCUCCUCCCCUUCACGCAUCGCGAAGGCCAAUAAAUCUAAGAGAUACGGGCCAAGUUUGUCCCUGUCGUCAUCAUCGCCCUCGUCAUUGGCUAGAUCUUCGUACAGGAAAAGGGGAGGCACCGCUGCCGACCUUGCCGCCCCGGCCUCCAUCUCCCCCACAGAAACGAGAGACGAACCUGACGUUUCCAGGCACGGGUUUCCUGGAAUUAAAUGGGAGUAUACCGUACCUCCGAUCCAUAAUGGAGAGUUAACCGUCUCAGAACCGAGGGACCACUUUGCCUUGUCUUCCACUCCCCUUCCACAAACUCUGGCCCACGGUGCGCACAACUUGCCUCCUUAUAAUUUAGAUUUGCCAGUCUUCAGUAACUCUCCGUUUUCAAUGUGUCACCAACCGGUCACUUACCUACCCACGCACGAAAACUCGCCUCGCGAGAAUUUGUCGAGGGAUUAUCUGACGGCCUUCCCCGGUGUCACGGCCAGCACGGCCCACUAUAACACCUAUCCCUUACACCAGCCUUUCGAGCCUAUGAACCCGUCAAACUUCAUCGCGGAGGAUCCAUCGUAUCUGGGUGACAACACCUCCGGGCAAGCACCACCACCGUUCGGGCCUGAUUCCACAUGCUUAGCGAGACCCGAGGGAAACAGAAUGGACGACCUGAAUGAUGGGUGGUUUAUGGUGAAUCCGGAACCGGCUAUGGAGCAGCAACCGAUAGAGGACAGUGGCCCUGGUAAUGGCUCUGGGCAGACUUCAAACCACCAGGAGGUCGAUACCCCAAGCAUAUACAAUGACCAGAUGCAGACGUCCGACUUUGACUGGAGGGAUACCUCGGCGCCGGAGGAGGCCGCGUUGGAACCCAUCGGCCCCCAGAUUGUCGACGAGAUUGCGGCCGACAUGAGCGGUCCAUCGUCUCGACGUGAGAGACGGCCUCGAUCACAUCUAUUGGAAGAGAAACGGGAGUGGACGAGCAAGACCCGGAAGUUGAAGUGCGAUGCAGACCCGGCGAACGAAAGCGGCGAAUGUCUCAAGUGCCAGAGUGUAAAUCCGGACUCGAAGAAAGUCAUCCAUAGGCUUCCGUGUCUGCGGUGGAAGCUCGCCGAAAUUGUCCUCUACCGCGAUGGCGGCCUCGGACUAACGAAACGAUGGUCGGGGGUCAAGAUGAAGGAUCUCGCGCCGCGGGAUUGGGUAGAUAAUAGGAUCCGUACAAUAACAGUGAUCAUUGGAUGCCGUAGAGCACCAAUGCAACUUUCUGUGAGGAAGUUCACGCCUACUAAUGGGGAUGUGACCUGGAAGCACUGGGUCGAUGCACAGGGAAUCAGGAGGAGAAUCGAGAUCGAACCCUACGCACUCGCAAACGUCUGGGAGACCGCUAGACAAUACGCGAAAUAUGUCACGAACUAUGCGCUAAUAGCAGUAGCCGAGUACGCCGACGACCCUGACCACCAUGUCGAUGAUGUGAGAAACACGCUCCAGCAGAAAGGGGACGAAGUAAACCACUUCCAGUUUCUCAUGCAAUACUUUUGCCUGUGGUUUGCAACAAGGAAUAUGCUUGGAUCGGCAAUCCUUGUGGGUGAUGAAACACUCGACAUGGAACCAGUGAAGGACGAGGGGUGUCCGUAUCAUGGGAAAGUGUUCAUACCGCGGAUGAUACCGGCGCAAUUUGAUUCAAUCGGACACGAAGCAAUACUUGCGUCGCUAAGAAAACAGGUGCUCGACGGGCUCUGGAAGAUGAUGGCGAGCAAGAACCCGCGGGACUUCUUCAUUAUUUACCUUGUCGUGUUCAUGUUACUUCACGAAAUCUCCAUCACUUCUAGGGACAGGUUCCGUCGUGCCAGAGACAACAGCCUUGACCCAAAUCGAUAUGACCUCGAACUUUUUGUCGAGAAGUUGCAAGAAGGGGCGAAUAUAAUUCUUAGCCAUUGGCAUUACUAUAAACGAGACGUUAACGAUUUUAUGACGAAAACAGAUUCCAGGGCGGAUUAUAAAGAGAAGAAGAAGGGGGAAAAGGCGGUGUGGAGCGAACUAGAUUCUGACGAGAUGGAGUUUCUCGUCGAGACACGGCAGGCGUACGUGGAAAAAGAAGAACAACGUUCGGCGCCUAUGGAGUUUGAAGACGACCUCUACUUCGUGUCGCAGAUGUUCGAAGAGGGCUGGAGGCCGAAGCCAACUUUUGUUUCAAACGGCAGCUAA